GAGCACUUAUACAAGCUGAAGAAAGGAUUCGUGCAGAAUAUCCUGAUGCACCCCCUCCUCGAACUAUGCAACGGCAGUCUGCAACCCAGGCUGAAGUCCAGGAACCACUUCUAGCAUGUGAGGUGCCCAAAGCCUAUUCAGCCGCCUUUGGCCAAUCGGCCACUCCCGCCACCAAUGCUCCUGCAAACCCUCGGGCAUCCCAAGUCACGCAGGCAACCCCAAAACUUGCGAAUCGCACCACCUCUGGUGGGAACCAAAAUGCCUCUCCCGCUUCAACGUCAUCCAAGCGGCAAGGCGCGUCUCCGUCAGCAAGCUCCCCUUCGUCCCCCCAGUUGUCCCAAACGGCAGUUGUGAAAAGAAAAGUAGAUGUCGGAGAUGAACCGAUGGAGUCCCCGACGUCAUCCGCCCCUCCGACCCGCCGCGCUCGCGCAUCUACCACAGCGACCAAUGCCAGCGAUGACAGUGGCCCUGCACAUGGCACACGAGCAACGAACAAGCGAAAACCGAGCCCAUCGACUAUGCGUGGCGCACGAGGACCCCGGAAACGGUGACCAUUGUUAUGAAAUUUGCGUUAUUUUGUUUGCCCCUCAGGAGUGAGAUUCCUCUCCCAAUCUGCCAACCCGGUUAAUCCAUCGUUUUUGCUUUCUUCGUUAUAUCGUCACUUUGUUUGAUUCUUAGUAGUUUUCUUGGGUCCCCAUUGUACUAUCCUAAUCUUCGUUAGAUUUGUAUGAAAUAGCGCAUCUCAGGUGGCAUGUCAACUCAACGUUGACGCUGCCUAUGAUUAUUGCGAGCAUGUUGCUGAUUAGUGUGUGUCACUGGUCUAAGAACUGCGAC